GAUGAACACCCCGCCAUGCCUGAGUGCAGUGCAGUUGAGCCUCCCAGGGUGAUCCUUUAAGCCAACAGCCUCCAGAGUAGCCACUUGUGGGACGGCCCACUGGGGUGUCGGGAGAAAUCACUAGUUUUAUUUUUCUCUCAUCUGAUUUCAUUUCUAUUUGUUCACCUUCUGUUGAUUUGGAUGCGUAUCAUAUGCACAUCUUUCACAGGAUCUUUGCCUCCAAGGUGAUUGCCAGGCAGGUGGAUAACCAGGAAGGGAUGGCAACUGCUAGAAGUGAGGUUUGUAAAGGGAGGGGGUGCCUCAGGGGGUCCAGGGAAGGCUGAGUGGGGGAGUGCGGGGCUUGGGGCAGGCAGGCAGACAGCAGGUGUCAGCGCUGGUCUGUGCUCUGGGCACAACUUAUCUUCCCACAGUGCACGGAGGCGGCGGAGCCUGCUGGACUGGACUCUUGGCAGAGUUUGGGAGAGAGGUUUGGCCCCUGUUUCUCCAGUGAUAGACACCAUUUCUUAAGGUCUCAACCAAGGGUCAGCCAACUUUAGGGGCCAGAUUGUAAAUAUUUAGGCUUUGUGGACCAUACAGUGUCUGCUGUAGCUACUCUGCUCUGCCCUUGUGGCAUGAAAGCAGCCACACACAAUUUGUAAGCAAUGAGCCUGGCUGUGUGCCAAUAAAACUUUAUUUACAACAAUAAGAGGCUUCGUUUGGCCCAUAGGCCAUAAUUUACCUAACCCUGGUCUAGAUUUGGAUGGGCCCCGAUGGCAUUCAGAACCAGUUUCCCACCAAAGUGUAAGCCCCCGAUCUUGGAUUCAUGAAUGGGGUGCUCUAGUCAGACUAUACCAUGGGAGACUUGAGGGGCAGAGUGUGGACCCCACAGAGGAUUUGUAUAGCUGGAGCAGGUAGGCAAACAGCCCCUUACGCCAGAUGGGGAAACAUCUCAGCUCUCCAGCACUCUGUACACCCCCCUACCUUUAGUGCCAUAUAAACACGGCCGUGGGGGAGGAUUCUGUACUGGAGCCAAGGGAGGAGGCAGGCCCAGCUUGUCACAGCAGCUGAGCCAAAAGAGAUUCAGAGGCCCUCCAAACUGGUGUCCCUCAGCACAUUGUGAAAAGAUAAGCUUCGGGAAGAAUGUCCCCUUCUCUUCAAGUUUGGGAACUGCUAAAAUUAAACAGAACCCACAAGCUUCUGUCCUGCAGGACUUCUCAGAGCCUUUAAGGCCAUACUGGACGCUCCACAGUGCGCAGAGGUCUCCUAGCAACCUCCCUUAGGAGUUCUCUCCAGCCCCAACUAGGAAGCUGGAGACGAGGCCCUGAGAUUGAUGAGUUUGACUUGGGAGCCGCUGAGAAGCUGAAACCAGGGCCGAACAUGGGUCAGAAGGUCACUGGAGGGAUCAAGACUGUGGACAUGCGAGACCCCACGUACCGGCCCCUAAAGCAGGAGCUCCAGGGCCUGGAUUACUGCAAGCCCACCCGGCUGGACCUGCUGCUGGACAUGCCCCCCGUGACCUACGAUGUGCAGCUGCGGCACUCGUGGAACAAUGAUGACCGCUCGCUCAACGUCUUUGUGAAGGAGGAUGACAAGCUCAUCUUCCACCGGCACCCGGUGGCCCAGAGCACAGAUGCAAUCAGGGGCAAAGUCGGGUACACGCGCGGGCUGCACGUGUGGCAGAUCACGUGGGCCAUGAGGCAGCGGGGCACGCACGCCGUGGUGGGGGUGGCAACGGCCGAUGCCCCCCUGCACUCCGUUGGGUACACGACCCUCGUGGGGAAUAACCACGAGUCCUGGGGCUGGGACUUGGGGCGUAACCGCCUCUACCACGACGGCAAGAACCAGCCAAGUAAAACAUACCCAGCCUUUCUGGAGCCGGAUGAGACGUUCAUCGUCCCUGACUCCUUCCUGGUGGCCCUGGACAUGGACGACGGGACCCUGAGCUUCAUUGUGGAUGGACAGUACAUGGGAGUAGCUUUUCGGGGACUCAAGGGCAAAAAACUGUAUCCUAUAGUGAGUGCCGUCUGGGGCCACUGUGAGAUCCGCAUGCGCUACUUGAACGGACUGGAUCCCGAGCCGCUGCCACUCAUGGACCUCUGCCGCCGCUCCGUGCGCCUGGCCCUGGGGAAGGAGCGGCUGGGGGAGAUCCACACGCUGCCGCUGCCCGCAUCCCUCAAGGCCUACCUCCUCUACCAGUGACGCGCUCCCGGGGACCGCCAGCGCGACAGCCACCUGGUGCCAACACACUGAGCCGCCGGCCACUGGGGCCACCGCACCCCGCGCCUCCGACCAGCGUCCCCAGGCAGCCGUGGGCAGAAGUUCUGCUCUUACUCUCCACCUGCCUGGCUGCUCCGCCACACCAGGACCUAGGGCGACACAGGCUCCUCUUCCCAUUCCUGACACUGGCAGAAGGCAGUGUCCCUGCAUGCCGUCAACAACACUCCUUGACAAGAUACACCGAGAAUAAACGUCUACG